ACCAAAUUUCUUUAUUUUCGUUUAAUUCUGCAACUGCAAAUAUUUAUCAACUUCACAAUUGACAAAUUAUGUAUGUUAUUCACGUAUUCAACAUGCAAGAUUUCUGUGAACUACCCUCUCUCACUGGAAACCGAUAUCCUAACACCUGUGAGAGAUAUUUAUAUACGUGCUUGAGAAAGACAGUUUCGGGAUGAGUAAUAAAGGUGCUGAUGUACAUCAAGAUUCAACAGAAAACAAGUCUCCGUCAGUAGAUUCUAGAGGUCCAGGUCAGCAUUCAGAACAGAGCAGUCAAAAGCCAUUAGCAGAAUCUGUUACAAAAGGGUCAGUAGGUCAAGGUCAGAGUUCAGAAGAUAACAGUCAACAGACAUUAACAGAUUCUGGUACACAAGGGUCAGGAGGUCUAGGUCAGAGUUCAGAAGAUAGCAGUCAACAGACAUUAGCAGAUUCUGAUGCACAAGGAUCAGGAGGUCAAGGUCAGAGUUCAGAAGAUAGCAUUCAACAGACAUUAGCAGAUUCUGGUACACAAAGGUCAGGAGGUCAAGGUCAGAACUCAGAAGAUAGCAGUCAACAGACAUUAGCAGAUUCUGGUACACAAAGGUCAGGAGGUCAAGGUCAGAGUUCAGAAGAUAGCAGUCAACAGACAUUAGCAGAUUCUGGUACACAAGGGUCAGGAGGUCAAGGUCAGAGUUCAAAAGAUAGCAGUCAACAGACAGCAGAUUCUGGUACACAAGGGUCAGGAGGUCAAGGUCAGAGUUCAGAAGAUAGUCAGCAGACAUUAGCAGAUUCUGGUACAAAACAGUCAGGAGGUCAAGGUGAAGAAGCUGUCGACAAGGAUACAGGAAAUAGAUUGAAAUCCGUAGGAACACAAGUGGUGCAGAGGACAGUCAUACAAGACUACUUAGAAUUUCUGGGGUUAAUCUGUACCACAAAAAAUUACAGAUUUGGACUGAUAAUGCAUACUAGUGUGACAAUUGCUGUACUGGUUAGUUGGAGUGUAAUAUGGCAGCCAGCUACAGAUUUUUUCUGUUACGAAGUUUUCAAGUAUCCAAGACCACUAGAAUUGGAUCCCAGGGAAGUAACCAAUUUCAUGGAACAGUAUAAUCCUGAAUGUAACUUGACAGAACUACAAACUAAUUACAAUAAACUAGAGAAGAAGUAUUUAUCCCUGCAAAAUAAUGUCAGUUAUCUACAGGGAAAUGCUGAAGAUUUUAAUAAAAGACUUGUAAACCAUGCCGAACAAAUACAAAACACCAGUGUGUCGGUGAAAAACGUCGGUUCAAAUAUGACUGAAGUCAAAGGUCAACUUCGUCACCAGUCUGAGCAGACACACAGAGUUCAAAGGGACAUAGACCAAACAAUACUGAAACAGAUAGCCGAAGAGCCAUGGAAGUACAUCAGUAUCAUUGUAGCUGUAGGCGAAGUCUUUCUGGUGGUGUAUGUAAUGAAGUUAAAAUCAUCAUUAAGGGACAUUGGCAGACAACCCCAGGCAGUAGUACAGCCACCAAAGUCCUUCGACAAGCAGCACACCAAUGGAUUUAAAGCCACCAAAGUCCUUCGACAAGCAGCACACCAAUGGAUUUAAAGGUCAGCCUCGGUCUGUCUUGGAUGGUAUCUCAGAAAAGUCCACGGAGAACUCUGUGUGUAUCCUGAGCUUCAAUAAUGAUCCCGAACACACAAAACAUGUUAAAGUAUCAAUGUCGUUCCUAGGUGGAAAGGUCAAGGUCACUAAAUGUAUUAUCUACAGAGAGGAGGACAUCGUAAAUGUGCCCCCAUCAAAGGUUGUAUUGGUCCAUGUUGACUUCAAUUCUCGUAACAUCAUUCUGGAGAGUCCUGAACGGGAGAUAGGGGAG